UUCUCGGGCACCGCCGCACUUGCCCGCGCGGCGUCGCACAAAUCCAUCGAGCAAUGACCGAGUCCGCACCGGCGCCGGCGGCGCAACCCGCAUUGACAUGCGAAGAGAAGAAAGCGGUGGGUUCGCUUUCCGCCCGCGAGCACUUUCGCAUACGGUUUUUCUACGGCGACAAGAUGGUGGAUUCGUUGUUGAAGCUUCCGUUGACGAUGGAAGCCGUGCCUGUGGACGAAGGCACGCAGUGCUUGCAUUUGGAACUGUGGCUCAAGGAGCAAUUCCUGAUUCCGCAAGACCAAAGCGUUUUUGCUGUCGUGCCGGUUCUCGAAGCGUACAGCCCCCCGAUGCCAUUAAUGCUGCUCAACACGAUCGCAUUUCGAAUCCUGCAAGAGCUUCCAACGCCGGACGCCCCGCUCCCCAUCCUCGACUACGCCUUGGUUGUGCGUCCUCUAAGCAAUUUAAACACCCCGAUCCCACCUGCGACCGACGAGGCGUCACCUUUCCAUGCAAUCGACGGUGCAGCUCUCGGCAGCAAAGACGUCUCCUCCUUGGCGCGGCAACGCGCGCAGGUCGAGUUCGUGACCAAAAUGAAAACGUUUGGUUUUGCCAGGGUUUUAGUCACACGGGAGCAAGCGCAGAUACCUCUCGAUGCGUGGGAGCAAGUUCGCACGUGGCUUGCUGCGCAGCUCGCCCUUCCUCGUGCUGACAGGUGGGGCGAACGCGUCGACAACACCGAGUCGCUUGAGCCUGCUGCACUGGACGGCGGACCAGAGCAAUCAAGCCAGGAUGACGAAGACAAAGUUGCUUCAAAGCCGCCGUCGUCGAUGCUGGCGUCACUGGCGUGCUUUUGGAGGUCUCCAGCCCCAACGAAGGCAACGACGUCGCCGCUAAAGCCACUCAUGGCGUCAAAAGGUCGAUACGUCGGGUUCAGCUGCGACCCAAAUAGGGAGUACCUGCAGCUCCGUCAUCCCCUGCGCAGCGCUGGCACGGUGUGGCCGCGCCCGUACUUCCACGAGAAAAAUCAGACAGAGUUUGCGAGCAAUAUGUUGACCCUGCUGAAAUUUCUCGACGGCAUCGGCCGAGACUGCAUGGAGGCUAUUUGCGCCGUGCUCAAUGUGGACAGGAGCUUUGUGUUUGACGACCUACUCGACGAUGUGUCGCCGCCACCGGCCACGGAAGCGGAGGUCACGGCCACGAAUGAGUCGUGCCGCUACGGCGCGUCAGUGCUCCGAGUGUACAACUACCGCAACAAGAAGGAAGCUGUCGACCAGAGCCCCAGUGCUCGCAUGGACCUGCAUAUGUCGUGUGGCUCGCAUGCCGACUUGGGUCUCGUGACGGUGUCGCCCUGUGCCACGCUUCCUGGCCUCCAAAUGUGGAACCUGGACCGCAUGCUGUGGACAGACGUCGAGUCCGAUGCGUCGACGCUGCAUUUUUCUGUAUUCGCCGGCGAAACCCUAGGAUACAUCACGAACGGCCUCAUUCAAGCGCCGCUCCAUCGCGUUCCCGCCACCGUCGUCGAAGACGAAGCUACCCGACGCAUGUCGAUGCCGUACUUUCUACGGGCCAGGCCCCAAGCAUGCUUGAACCCCACGCGGCCCAAGGACGUGCCGCCACUAACCGUACGCGAUCUCAUGGAAGAGCGCAUCUUCAAGACUCGGCCGUGGCGAAGGGAGGCGUCUGCGACGACCCCGGACUACUGAACAACGCCAAAGUACCGUUGGACAUUCGGGGCAUGUUCGAGGUCUAUUCUCUGGUGCAAUUUCGCGAAUAUUUUUACGUAUUUUGUCGAAAAGUGUCAUCUCCAC